AGACCAUCACAUGAGAAUGCUUAAAUAAAGAUUAUAUACAUUCGAUAAUAUAUAUAUAUAGAUAAUAUUCAACGAUCGAUCAUGUCAAAUCAUCUCUACAUGGACAAAUCGAAUGGCAAUGGCGUCUAUGCGGUCAAGCCCAACAGCAGCCACACGGACAACGAUAAUGGCAUAAUGGGAGCAGGUGUUGCCCCAACCACAACCUCAACAGCAGCAGUGGCAGCAGCUGGCGGGGUGGCAGCAGGCGGCCCCACAACGAUGGCCACAGUAAAUAACAUAAACAUAAUGAACGGAGCCGCCGCCGCUGCAGCUGCAUCAGCGUCCACUCUGCCAACGUCCGCUUCCAGCGAGGACCUCAGCCAGAGCCUGUCCGAGUACACAGAUGCGGAUGAGAGCAUAUCCGCCCCCACAGAGUUUCUCGCCGAGUUUCUGUCCGCCGUCAUGCUCAAGGACUACAAAAAGGCAUUGAAAUAUUGCAAAUUGAUUCUCCAAUACGAGCCCAACAACGGCACGGCAAAGGAGUUCUAUCCGCUCAUCCUGGACAAGCUGCGGGGAGUGGCCACAUCCAGCGACAGCGACGAGAACUACAAUAAAUCUUCAUCACCCGAACUGGCCCUGGACUUGCAUGAAUCUGAUGCUGAAUGUGAUGGCGAUGGCGACAGGAGUGACAGCAGCAACAACUGCUCCGAGGAGGACAAUGGCUGGGGUGACGAUGAGAUUGACAAUGUGGAUGUGGAGGGCGAGGAGGAGAGCAGCAGCAGUGGCGAUGAUUAUGAGCUGCCGAUCGAUGAGCAACAGGAUCUAGCUGCUGUCGAUGGCCUGGCCGUGCCGCACUCCCACUCCCACUCUCAUUCCCAUAGCCACAAUGACUCGGGCUCCUCGCGCAACUCGUCGAGCGGCGGGGGCGGUCGCAGCGAUAACACCACGCACUCCUACUCGAGUUUGCUGCUGGAGGAGGAGGACGACAUUGUGCCAGUCUGUCUCAGCUUUGGCCUCAAGGACACCACGGUCACAGAUCUGGAUGUCAGCAAUGGCAACAAGGUGCCCUCCGCAUCGUGCAGCGACUCGGAGUCACCCACAGAACCACUGACACAGCGACUGGCGGCCAUACUCCGGUCCAAAUGCGGUGUAUCCUCCGGCGGCAACGAAGACCCCUACUGAGGGAACCCCGCGAUCGAUAGAUCAAACUAUAUACUUCAUACACAUACACUGAGCAACACUCGAAGGUUUUCGAAUGGAACCAAAGAUUGGAGAUGGGUCUGAUUCGGUUGCACAGUGCUAUCUAUAUUCUUGUAUACUCCAACCCUUUGCCCCGCUAGUCCCACCACUAGUGUGACCGCUUAACGAACCUAGAAACCGUCCCUAACUGCAUACACACUCGUAUAUUGUAUCUUGUAUCUUGUAACUCCAACUGCAAUGUUUUCUCUUCAAACACGAUUGAUUCUAUUCUCCCUAGGACAAACAUAUCGUACAAACUCAAAAAACGUACUUAUAUACAUUAAUACUUAUAUA